AUGGAGGGGCGGGAGUAUUCUUCCCAUGGUAACACCGAUCGUGCCUAUAACAACCACCACAUUCAACCACCAUCCUCCGAUGACGAAGAGGAGUCCGAUCUCCUGCCAGAACACAACAGCACCUACGUCAUCCAAGUCCCCAAAGACCAAAUCUACCGCAUCCCACCCCCGGAAAACGCCAUUGUUGCCGAACGUUACCGCAUCACCGUCCCCGAGAGAAAGUCUUGUAUAACUUGGAGCUGCAUCAUGACUUUUGUUCUCAUGGUUUUGCUCUUUAUCGGCUUCAUAACCUGUAUAAGUUUAGCGGUUGCCGAUAAACAAGACCCCGGGUUCCGAGUCCGCCAUAUCCGUGUGACCACGAAAGGUAAAGGCCAGAAGAAAGAGCACGAGUUUCACUUCACGUUGAGGUCGAAAAACGAGAACGAUCGUGCGGACAUAUACUUUCUGAAAGGUGGCCGGAGUUCUUUAACUUUUAGGGAAAGAACGAUCGCGAAAGGUAGGUUUCCGGCGAUGGAACAAGAUAGUGAUAGUUUGGAGAAUUUGAAGUUGAAGCUAAUAAGUGGUUCGGAAAAGAAGUUACCAAUGGAGAUAAAGAAGAGCUUGAAUGGCACAUUUCACCGGCCGAUCAAAUUGACGUUAAAGUUUGAGGCUCCGGUGAGAUUUCAGGUUGGGGCAUUUCCGGUGAAGGACAAGAAGUUAUCGAUUGUGUGUAAUUUAAAGGUCAACAAGUUGACCAAGAAUGCACGUGUUUUGUCUCAAGAUUGUGAUUAUGCAACUUAUUAA